UAUUCUAUAAUUGAUUAAUUUGUUUUUUCCCCCCUCAAUCUGCACACAAUACCCCAUAAUGACAAAGCAGAAACAGGUUUUUAGAAAACAGUGUACUUAGGGUCGUUGUCCUGUUGAAAGGUUAAUCUUGACCCCAGUGUGAGGUCCUGAGUGCUCUGCAGCAGGUUUUCAUCAAGGAUCUCCCUGUACUUUGCUCCGUUCAUCUAUGCCUCGAUCCUGACUAGUCUCCCAGUCCCUGCCGUGGAAAAACAUCCCCACAUCAUUAUGCUGCUUCCACCACCAUGUUUCACCGUAGGGUUGGUGCCAGGUUUCCUCCAGAUGUGACACUUGGCAUUCAGGCCAAAGAGUUCAAUCUUGGUUUCAUUAGACCAGAGAAUCUUGUUUCUCAUGAGAGUCCUUUAGGGGCCUUUUGGUGAACUCCAAGCGGGCUAUCGUGCAUUUCAUUGAGGAGUGGCUUCGGUCUGGCUACUAUACCAUAAAGGCCUGAUUGGUGGAUUGCUGCAAAGAUAGUUGUCAUGUUAGGUUCUCCCAUCUCCAGAGAGGAACUCUGGAGCUCUGUCAGUGUGAUCAUCGGGUUCUUUGUCACCUCCCUGACCAAGACCCUUCUCCCCCGAUUGCUCAGUUUGGCCGGGUGGCCAGCUCUAGGAAGAGUCUAGGUGGUUCCAAACAUCUUCCAUUUAAGAAUGAUGGAGGCCACUGUGUUCUUGGGGAUAUUCAAUGCUGCAGAAAUGUUUUGGUACCCUUCCCCAGAUCUGUGCCUCGACACAAUCCUGUCUCGGAGCUCUAUGGACAAUUCCUUCGACCUCAUGUUUUGGUUUUUGCUCUGACUUGCACUGUCAACUGUGAGACCUCAUAUAGACAGGUGUGUGCCUUUCCAAAUCAUGUCCAAUCAAUUGAAUUUACCACAGGUAGAAUCCUAUCAAAUUGUAAAAACAUCUCAAGGACGAUCAAUGGAAACAGGAUGCAUCUGAGCUCAAUUUCGAAUAUCAUAGCAACGGGUAUGAAUACCUAUGUAAAUAAGGUAUUUCUGUUUUGUUUUUUUAUACAUUUGCAAAAAAAUAUAUAAAAAUCUGUUUUCGCUUUGUCAUUAUGGGGUAUUGUGUGUAAAUUGAUGAGGGGGGGAAUACUUGAAUCCAUUUUCGAAUAACACUAAAGUAACAAUGUGGAAAAAGUCAAGGUGUCUGAAUACUUUCCGAAUGCACUCUAGAUCCAUAGGAAAGUAACCUGAGCUGUUCUAUAGGUGCAGGCAUGGAUAGACAUAAUCGGGUGGCGGUAUACCCGAAUAUGGCUCAAAAUUGUCUAAAGAAAAAGGCCUCUCCUCAAUUCCUCUGCGUGGAGCCCAAGAGCCAGUCAAAAAAAGGUCUUCCUCAUUCCAAAGGCGUGGGAAAGGGGAUUCUGACACACUCAACAAAUACAAACGAUUACCUCCUCCCUGAGGAAAUGCAAUUUUAUGGACUGUAUUUCCUUGGCAAAACUUUGACUACUGACCUUAACUGGGUGGAGUUUGAACAGGUGCACUGUAUAAAAACGACAGGUAACGGCUUAAAGACCAGUAGUGGUGGAUGGCGAAAGUCAUUCAAAAUGGGCAACUGGAUCAUUAACCAUGGACUGACAUACUUCAUACUGGUGGUCUGGAUGGCCAUCAACAUAUUCAUCUUCGUCUGGUUCUACUUCUUGUACGACUUGGGGGAUCAGUUUUUCUACACGCGACACCUUUUAGGGUCUGCAUUGGCCUGGGCCAGAGCCCCUGCAGCCGUCCUCAACUUCAACUGCCUGCUGAUUCUGCUGCCUGUGUGUCGGAACCUGCUGUCUCUUGUCCGCGGCUCCUUCGUGUGCUGUGGGCGAACUAUGAGGAAACAGCUGGACAAAAAUAUCAGUUUCCACAAGCUGGUGGCCUACAUGAUUGGCCUGAUGACAGCGGUUCACAUCAUUGCCCAUUUGCUGAACGUGGAGCGGUACUACAACAGCUGGCAUGGAGAGAAUGAUACCCUCAGCAUGGCCCUGUCCAGACUUAACGACUCGGGCAACACCACCUACCUGAACCCAAUCCGCUCUACAACCACUACUCCGAACCUCCUGGUGUUCACCACCAUCGCUGGGAUCACGGGCGUAAUCAUCACGCUGGCAUUCAUCCUUAUGAUCACCUCGUCCAUGGAGGUCAUCAGGCGCAGCUACUUCGAGGUCUUCUGGUUCACACACCACCUCUUCAUUGUCUUCUUUGCUGGGCUGGUCAUCCAUGGAGCCGGACGCAUAGUUCGAAGUCAAACAAACGCCAAUCCACCAUAUAAUAUCACCUUCUGUAAAGAUCAUAUAGAAGACUGGGGGAAGGAAACAAUGUGUCCCGUCCCUCAGUUUGCAGGGGGGUUCCCACAGACCUGGAUGUGGGUGAUCGGUCCCAUGGUCCUCUAUGUGUGUGAGCGCUUGCUGCGCUUCAUCCGUUACAUUCAGGCUGUCAAAUACAGAAAGAUAGUGAUUCGGCCGUCCAAAGUACUGGAACUGCAGCUGGUGAAGAAUGGUUUCAAAAUGGACGUGGGCCAGUACGUCUUCCUCAACUGCCCAGCCAUCUCCCAGCUGGAGUGGCACCCCUUCACCAUGACCUCUGCCCCCGAGGAGGAUUUCUUCAGCGUGCACAUUCGCUCUGUAGGUGACUGGACCCAGAAACUCAUCAGCAUCGUGGAGCAGCUCCCUGAGGGGGCUCAGGGACCGAAAAUGGGUGUGGAUGGACCAUUUGGUACGGCCAGUGAGGAUGUGUUUGACUACGAAGUCGCCAUGCUGGUUGGCGCUGGAAUUGGAGUCACCCCCUUCGCCUCAAUCCUCAAGUCCAUCUGGUACAAAUUCAAGGACUCCAACCCCGAGCUACGCACCAGAAAGAUCUACUUCUAUUGGCUGUGCAGGGAGACGCAUGCAUUCGAGUGGUUUGCAGAUCUGCUGCAGGUGCUGGAGAGGGAGAUGGAGGAGAGAGGCAUGGGAGACUUCCUCACCUACAAACUCUUCCUCACUGGAUGGGAUCAGAGCCAUGCAACUCAUGUGAUGGUUCAUGCGGAUGCGGACACGGAUGUGGUCACUGGUCUGAAGCAGAAAACCAACUACGGCAGGCCCAACUGGGAUAACGAGUUUGAACAAGUGUGCAAAGAGAAUCCGACGUCAGUGGUGGGCACGUUCUUGUGUGGCCCUGUGGUUUUAGCUACCGUCUUGUCAAAGAAAUGUGUCAAAUACACGGACGUCGAUCCCCGAAAGACCAAAUUCUACUUCAACAAGGAGAACUUCUGAGCAAAACAAUGUCUAAUCUGCCCCCCUACCAAAGCUUGCUCUUUGGUCUUCCAAAAUGUUUGCAAAGAUAUGUUUUUAAAACCAUUAAUCAGCUUCCCAAGUGGUGCAGCGGUACUGCCGGCCAGGAUUUCCUUGUUCCAUCGCACUCUAGCGACUCCUUGUGGCGGGCCGGGCACCUGCAAGCUGACUUCGGUCGCCAGCUGGACGGUGUUUCCUCCUACACAUUGGUGCAGCUGACUUCCGGGUUAAGUGAGCAGUGCGGCUUGGCAGGGUCAUGUUUCGGGGGAUGCAUGGCUUUCGACUUCGCCUCUCCUGAGUCCGUAGAGGAGUUGCAGCGAUGGGACAAGACUAUAACCAAUUGGAUCUCAAGAAAUUGAGGGGGGGGGGAAUAUAUUUUUUACAAGAAUCUGAACAUGACAGAUCCUGACAUGCUGUAGAAUAUAUCAGCCCUUAAUACAUUUUUGGAUUCUGCUUCCUCCACAGAAAACUGACCAGCCUUGCACAGAGACAAAAGUUAAACAAAUCAGAAAAAUAAGCUUUGUGUAUAUGAAAUAUUUCUGGGAUAUUUUAUUUCAACUCAAACAUGCACCCAACACCUUAAAUAUGUUUUAUUCAGUGUAGAAUAAGGAAUCAACCAUGGAUCUUCAAUCUGAACAUGACACUGGGGCCUUUGAGUUUCACGCUUUCAAGGUGUAGCUACAGAGAAGGAAAUGAUAGCAAUGUUUUUACAAAAGCCCUAUUGUAUAUCCAUUUCCUUGUAUACAAUACAGGUGCACUGAAGUGUUAAAUGAGGGCGAAGCAUUGCCAGUCAAAGCCACAGAAUCUAUUCUAGAACAAAUGAGUCACAAUCCUAUGAAGCAUGUAUACGAAAGUACUUUCCUUGGAAUUAUUUUGUAAAUGUGAGGACUCUUCCACUCCGUGUACCCCCUCAACCUACACAAUUGUUUCACUUCAUUUGUAUGUCCUUUUUCUGAUGAGCAAAUAGUUUAUUUUAAUCUACAAUGACACUUCAAAUCCUCUCCGGUACAUACCAACAUCCCAUCUGAAUAAAAUACAGUACUGAAAAAUUGUUCAUCUAUUUUUAUUGAUAGACAAUAUAAAAACCCAUAACAUCCAGCAAUACUUCCGUUGAAGUAUUGCCAUUUGAAGAUGAACUGACAUUCUUCAAACCACAAGCACUCACUUCAAUCUUCCAUUAAAAAAAGACAAUAUAAUACAAAACAAUCUACAAAAUGUUUGAAAUUAGGAUGAGGUGACGUCGACAUUAUAGGGGACAGGGAGUUGGUUGUUCUUUAGGGCGCCCCGGCGGUCUUCUGGAUCUGCUCUUUGAGGAUGAGGAUGCUCUGCCUCUGCUCUGGGGGCAGCAUAGCAAUCUGUUCUGGGGUCAGCUGCAGCACCUGCAUGAUCAAGGCAGCCUGGAAAAUAAUAGACAAUCUGGUGAACCACACUGCUCUCAGAUCAGAUAUUGACAGGCAGUAAUGUUAAAACCAAAAUACCUCCAAAAGCACAGCAUUUGGAUACAGAAGGAAAGUCAGAUCUUUCAAAAUAGUUUAAACAGAACAUGUUCAAAUUUUUCCAUCGAAUAACUACAUCAUGUAGUGUAUUCCAUUGGUUGUUAUUGCAUUGAAAUAAAUGGCUUUUCAUUGA